UCAACAAUGCUGCGAUUCCUGCUCGUGCUCGCAAUUAUCGUCUCCAUUUCCACUGGAUUCGUGGACUCGCAUACAGAGACAGGUCCAUGGAGCUGUGAUACGAACCCUCAGAGUCGAAUUCAGGGUGAUUACAGGCCUGGAAUCAUUACCCUUGAUGGUCACGCAGACGAUUGGAAGGGAGUCGAUGGUUUUGAUUUUUCUCUCCUCCCUGCUUUGGACCCAGAUCAAGAAAAUGAGUAUAAAGGCGGGAAGAUGACUGUUAAGGCGUUGCAUGAUGGAAAUGAUGUCUUCUUCUUGCUCCAAGUUGAUGGGGAGUAUGCCUACUCUAAAGGCACCAAUACCAAAUGUCCGUCUGUCUCCAUAAUGUUUCAAGUCGGUGAGAAUGCCUCAUAUCAUAAUAUGGGUGGGUGUGCAGAAUCACCAGAUUCAUGCACUAGUAAAACUUGUCAAGGCCACGAAGUUGAUAUAAUGCACUUCUCAAUUGGCAAUGCCAUUCCAGGACGACUCUAUGGUGGCAAUCCAAUAGAUAACGGGGAUGGAAAUGGAGGUGACAGGUUCGGUCAUCUGGUUGAUCUGUAUGCCUGGAAUCCACACUGUCGAUACCUUGAUGGGAUUAGUCCUUCAGGAAAUGAUUCUAGUGCACAGAAUAAUUGGAAAGGGGCGUGGUGGCAUGAUACCCUUGCUAUUCACUCAGGAUUCGUGGAGGGAGACAGCCCAUAUGCAUCUGGCGGUCAAAAGGGCACAUACUAUUUUGAAUUUUCAAGGCCUUUGAGAACCAUGGAUCGUCUACAGCAGGAUGUUCAAUUCACUAUCGGUCAGUCAAGCAAGUUGUCAGUGGCUUUCUGGUAUCCUGUAGAUGGGAAUCCAUGGCAUGGGUCUGGGCAUUACUCUGUCAGUUGUGAUUGGUUACUGCUGGACGUCUCCUCAGGUAGUUCUCUGGUUACCAAGGUGGAUUCAAGCUCUUGGAAUGCGGCUGGUGCCUUCUCCCUUCUUCUAUCUGUGGUGUCCUUCUGCUUGUCUGUUUUUGUGGGGUAUUGGGUUUCCAAAUCAAAGUCUAUACCCUUCACACCAAUGGAACAACACCUUUGAUAGGUUAAUAUGGGCAUGAUUUUGUAUCAUUAUUUGGCAUCCUGUUUCUUAGGCUGGUAAAUUGAUUCUCUUUUUCUUCAA